AUGCAGACGGUCCCAUAUGUUUCCGAAUUGGAAGGUCCAUCCACAGAGCGGCUUCCCCAUAUUGGGACAAAUGCGGGUUAUCCGGAGAAGGACCGAUUGCUAUUGACUUGCCGGCGGCGGCCUUUCGAACAAACUUGGACAGCUUCAUACGAGCUCAAAAUGAGCCCUCAUGAGCCCCGUCACGAGAAGCAUUCACUUCCAAGUACCGACUUUUGCGCUGGUCUUGCCGAUAGCGAUGUUGCAUGGAUGGAAAAGUUGCCGUUCGUCACUCUACGAUGUUUUCGCUCUUUGAUCAGUCCACGCAGAACAAGUAUCCAGCUUGCCGCUGUCGAAUGGUUAUCCGACUUGCCAGUAGAGAAAGACAGACCGUUUGAGCUUGGUACUCUUCCAACCGACCUUGCCCUUGAUGAAAACGACAAUCUCGAAGCCGUCCACUUCUUCACAACAUCCAUCAACCCCUGGAGCGAACACAACAACAAUGUCAACAAGCUUCUUGCUGAUGCAAGACUCUGGAACCGUCACCUUCCUCACCACCGCGACACCAUCAGAGACGGCACCUUCCUCUUUCGACGCAACGACAUUCAAUCCAUGCCGUUCGACUUGCUUGUUGAAGUUCGGGACAGCCUCGGUGUCAAGACUUUGAAGCUAUCUCAGCACCCCCUCCUCGGCAUCUCUCGUCACACCCGUCGAGCUUUCCUCGAUGAUUGGUACCUCCACAAUGACUUCAAAGUCAGCUUCGACACUGCUCUCGCCGCUCGUAACCGCAGCCAUUUCGAGAAGGGUAUGAAGCUACUCUCGCCCCGCCACAAGACCUUGAUCCUUACGCCAGCUCCUAUGACAAUCUCUCCCCGUCUGCUCAUCGAAGUCCAGAUGCCCCAGGGCAAAGUUACAUUCGCUUCUCUGCUCCAAUGUUUCCGCAUUUUCUACGACGGUCUCCUGGGCAAGAAGGAACUUGAGAAGAUUGGAGACAUCGGCCUGGGUACAGGUCCUCCUCGUGUGACCAAUUGGAGAUUGACUUGGGACACAAAGGUGGAAGAUCAGAAGCACGUUAUGGUAGUCCUAUAUGGUCUACGUGAACUUGCAACUGCACAGUCCCUUGCAGAUGACAGCGACCAUCCUCGCCGUCGCUCAGAGGAGGAUCUUGGUCGCAUGGUUUACGAGUGGAUGGUCUCAAAGGAGGAUCCCUCACGUAUUGAGGAUAGAAUGCGCGUGUGUGAAUUAAUCAGCCCUCAGUUCAAAGAACUAGGCUUUAGAAGUGCUAUGCAGACUCAACAAGUACUCAUUGUUAGUCCAUCCUUCGACAGGUCCCUUUUCUUUGUUUUCUCUCCUUUUUCAUGCAUCUAUCAAAGAACUGGUGACCUCGCUGCCUGGUCAGGAGAUGAGCGAGCGAAAGAUCAAAACACUGUGCCAGAAGAUUUGUGCAUCAGUCGCCGACCGCCAGGCAGCCUCGUCAUCAUCAGAAGGCGCAUCCAUCAACAGUAUACAGGUGCAGUCGCGAGCACAAGAAAAAGCAAAGUCACAAGAACCACCGCUAGCAAAGUCAUUGUCGAUCAAAGCAGCCAUCACAAGACAAUCAAAAGAAUCGUCAGAAGCGUCAUGAGCGAAAGCAGACCUCAAGGCUCGAAGACAGGCUUGUGGGCAGGCUCAAAGACUCUGACUAGAACACACCGCCGGACAGAGCCUGUACAUACAGACUCGUCACCAUCUUUCUCACAGAUCAUGAAGUCUCGAAAGCUGCCAGGCAAAAGCCAGAGGAAGUUGUUGUUUGAGCACCUCGACUUCGGCGGCGCAGAAGAUAAAGUCACUGGCUCCGACUCGGACGUCCAAAAAGUCAAUCAGCCUGACACAACGGCCCUUGAUGGUGAAGACAAUCACGAUGACAAGGAUAUCGAGGUCUGUCGGAAAGCGAUAGCGGAUCGUCAGGUGGUAUACAGAAGAGGGCCUCCCCACACGACAUCGAAGCAAGCAACCACCUGA